CACCCCAAAGUACAGGGUGGCAGUUUGUUAUUUUAAAAGCAAAAGACGAAAGAAACCAGUGGGCAAUAACUUCGUGGUCACUACCGAUUGCCACUCAUGGCUCAGAAUCACAGUCAAAUGGCUGAACCCUAGCUACCUUUCCUACUGCGCGAUCGAUGUUGGCUUUCGUUUUCGUUUUCUCUUUCACGGAAUUUAAUUCAGAACGGUGCCCUUUGAUUACACAGAACGGAGCGAAACAAACAAGAAGAGAAGUUCUGAAGUUGUGAGACGGGGCCUGCAAUAUGUUCAGAACCAUCUCUCUCUUGCGUGCUCCAGUCACCUCUCUCUCCCAGACCCUUGUCUCGUUAUCCCAUCAUUCGCUGUGCUCGAAGCCCAGUCCAAUCUCCUACAAGGUUACUGUCUGCCCGACGUCCCCAAUUCCUUCGUAUCCAUCAAUUCCCAUUCUCCUUAUUUCGCCAUUCUCGCAUUCGUCGCGGCAGAGAAAUGAAGAUGAACACGAUGAUGAUUUCGUGUACAAUAGAGACCCAAAAAGCCCUCCCAAGCUGGUCGUCGUUCAACCUCGCCUGCGGCCCGAUACGCUUUUACAGGCUAAGCUAUCUGAAGCUCUGAACCUCGCCAAUUCCCUGGAAGAGCAGCGAGAUGGAUACCUCGGUGAAUUUGGGAAAAGGGAUUUGCCGCCGCAUCUUGUUGUUCAGAAUCCCGCUGUCAGAUCGUCUAAGGCGCAAGCAGACACAUAUUUUGGACCAGGGACCGUGGACACUGUGAAAUGUCAUCUAAAUGCCAUCGAGUCAGAGGAUGAGUUGGAUGCAGUUUUUGUGAACACAAUUCUUUCAGGGAUUCAACAACGAAAUUUGGAGCGGGCUUGGGGGAAACCUGUUUUGGAUCGUGUGGGCCUUAUAAUAGAGAUAUUCAAUGCUCAUGCCCAGACAAAGGAAGCAAAGCUACAGUCAGAAUUAGCAGCUCUAAUGUACAAGAGGACUAGGCUUGUUCGUGUCCGUGGCCCCAAUGGACGUCUAACUUUUGGAGCAUCUGGAGAAGCUGAAGUUGUCAGUGCCCGAGGGAGAGGAAGUGGGGGACGUGGUUUUACUAGUGGUGCUGGAGAGACUGAACUCCAACUUCAACGGCGAAGAAUAUUAGAGAGGCGGAAUCAUUUACUAUCCCAAAUUGAAGAGGUUCGUCGGACCCGGGCACUGCAACGUGCUUCUCGCAAGAGGCGUGGUGGCUCACAAGGUCAAGGGUUAGCAACUGUUGCUGUUGUUGGGUACACAAAUGCUGGGAAAUCUACUUUAGUCAAUGCACUUUCAGAUAGUGAUCUAUACAGUGAUGACAGAUUGUUUGCAACAGUGGAUCCUCGAUUAAGAAGUAUAGUUCUUCCUUCAGGGAGGAAAGUGCUUCUUAGUGAUACAGUAGGGUUUAUUUCAGAUUUACCCGUUCAGUUAGUGGAAGCGUUUCAUGCAACCUUAGAAGAAGUGGUGGAAGCAGACCUUCUUGUGCAUGUACUAGACUCUAGUGCACUCAAUCUGGAUGAGCAACGGUCUGCAGUACUGCAAGUAUUGCAGCAGAUAGGAGUCUCUGAUGAGAAGCUUGACAAUAUGAUUGAAGUUUGGAAUAAGAUAGAUCUCCAAGAAAGUCAACUUGGCACUGACAAGUCUCUAGAUGAAGGUGAAGAUGAUGAAGCUGGUAGUGUCUCAGAUGCAGGAGAGGAUUAUGUAGCAUCUAAUAUGAUGUCACCUUUUGAACCUAUUGGUGAGGAUAACCAUGGUAUUGCAUCUGAGUUGUCUCCAGAGGAGAUUCCAGAGGUUAUGGAUGAUAAUCAAGGUGAUUUCACAGAAGAAUGCAAGACUUUGAAUGAGACACAAGAAAAGGCCUCAGAAGAUUGGAACAAGUUUUGCAAAGAUUCAUAUUCUCAACCUCAAGAUGUUCAACAUGUGGAAACAUCUGCCAUUAUGGGAGUUGGCUUGCAGGAGUUGCUGAGCCUGAUUGAUGAGAAACUGAAGACACAGAAAGCCCUGGAAAGGAGUAGCUUAAAUCGUAAAUGGAGACCUCCUCAAAUUGUGGAUGACAAAAUGGCAGUCGAGCAGUAGAAAAUGCUUUAUGAAAACAUUUCUACUUCCGGUAGUUACAAGUCAAGCACUCCCUCCCUCUCUCUCUUGGAUGUUCUGCCUGUACUUAUUAGUCAAUUUAUCUGUCUUUUGCAUAGAUGGCUGUUAGUUGCUCUUGAAGCUUUGGAAUUUAAGGAGCUUGGCAAUCAAGAUUCUGGUGAGGUGGUUGAAACACCUGCUGCCAAGUACAGUGAGACUUUCUGGCAUGGUGUCACCAUUCUUGCAAUAUCAAACGAUUUGGAGGAAAAGAAGAAAAUUUCUGGAGUGUUUCUUCUUGGAGUAAGCUCAGAGGAAUAUGUUCUCUUGCUAAAAAGAUAAUUUUGCUGAUUUCUGUUGGUAAUGUAUUGAAGUGUAAAUCAAUGAUAGUAGGUUUUUUCGAUGCUUAAAUGUUUCUAAUAAUUGGUCAUAUGUUCACUGAUGUAUUUAUUUACUGGGCUUAAUGUUUAAUGAUAUCAAACAUGCUGUAAAAUGGUUAUGGAAUGUCAAAGGAAACUUCAUAGUUACAAAUAUGAUGCUUGUUUUGUUUA